UCGGCUUUAUUGCCAUCAAAAUAAGUAAAACCUUAACCGCAAAUAAAAUGUCACAUCACUAGAGGUUUAAGUCAUGCCCAAACACGACCCACAACCCACGACCAUCUUUAUACCGUCAUACAUUCAUUGAAACUGUAUUGCCCAAAAACACUUACAGAGUGCUACGAGCAGCUUCUUGAAGCCCUGAAGAGUUGAAGGAAAGUCGAAGAAAUCGCUAGAAUCUUCCGAAUUCAACCGAGUAGCCGAUUAUUGCUGCCAUGGCGGGUGAAGAGAGAGAAAGCAAAAUGGGGGAACCCAUGGAAUGUGUUGCAUCCCCCACCAAUUCCCAGCAAACUGUUUCUGAUGAUGAUGAAAUAGAUUACUCCAUCAAACCCGAGUUUUAUGAUUCUGAUCUUGAUGACAAGGAUGAGUCAUGGGUGGCUAGAAAAAGGAAAGGUCCACGAACAGACGCUGUGCUCAGCUGUCCUGCUUGUUUCACCACUCUUUGCUUGGAGUGUCAAAGGCAUGAUAUCUACCUGACCCAGUACAGGGCUAUGUUUGUAACUAACUGUGUAAUUACUGCCAAAAUGGUGUUUCCACAAGGAAGCAAGAAACGGCGAAAGUAUAGGAAGGCUAGAGAGCCUAUGGAAACUGAAGAAGCAAGUUCGACUAGUGUUGAAGCAGUUAGGCAAGCUUGCUGCUCAGUUUGUUCUACAGAGGUUGGAGUUAUUGACAAGGAUGAAGUUUAUCAUUUCUACGACGUUCUUCCAAGCGAGUCUUGAGUCCUACCAUUACAUUUCCUCAUUUUAUAUCAUGGAAAGAUCCAGUUCUUAACUGCCUGUAACUCCUUGUGCUUAAUCUGCUGAAUUACUUUUUCUGCUUGUUUUAGAACAAAUUGCUCUCUAGUUAGAUGACUAGUUAAUAUAGCAAUACCAGUUUUCAUCUUCCGGGUGAUUUUGUAUAUAUUCUUCUUUCUCAUGUCCUAGAACAGGCGAAUUGCUUCUAAAAAAAUCCGCCUGUUCCAAAGACCCAUCGUUACUACGACGUAAGAUUUUGCUGCUAAUCGGUUCCAUAUUAUA